AAGCCACUGCCAGCGGAGGAUGUGGAGUACAGUGCCUGGAAAAUAGACGGACACAGCCCACAAAGACCACGAAUGGGAAAUUUGGUCGUGUGUUGUUGAUAAAUUAGGACUGCCAAAUCCGCAGACAGCUCACCGGCGAUUAAUAACAGCACGUUAUUAACUUAGGCGUUGUUAUGCAAUUUAACGCUUUCGGCUCUCUCGCCUGGUCAGUCAGACGCUGGAAGCCGCGCUCGGCUGCUAUGCUGUAGUUUAAAAAAAAAUGACGAGAUUGAUCAAAGUUAAGUGUGGAUCUUUAUUUCUACCGGAGACCCCUUUUCAAGGAUUUGGCGUUUCUUUGGUGUACUGGAGGCGGUGGUGGGCAGCUGGUCCGCGGUAGAAUUUUCCAAAAGAGUGUUCAGACAAGGUCAGCGCGGAUGGGACUUAUAAGACUUCAGAAAGGGCCUGGUUGGGAAAGGGAGUGAGUAUGGACAACCUUUCUGACUUUGGUGGCCCCUGUCCGUCCACCCGCAGGGAAUGGGACACCAACAGCUGUGUGGAAGAUUUAAUGGAUGAAGAUGAGAAAGACAGGGCAAAAAGGGCAUCCCGUAACAAAUCAGAAAAGAAAAGAAGAGACCAAUUCAAUGUGCUCAUCAAGGAGCUAUGCACCAUGCUGCAGGGCCAAGGCCAUCCUCGCAAGAUGGACAAAUCCACCAUAUUGCAAAGAACUAUUGACUUCUUGCAGAAACAGAAAGACAUCACUGCACAGAAUGAAACCUGUGAUGUGAGACAGGACUGGAAGCCUUCGUUCCUCAGUAAUGAGGAGUUCACUCAGCUAAUGCUGGAGGCCCUAGAUGGUUUCUUGGUAGCAUUAACUACAGAUGGAAACAUCAUAUACGUAUCUGACAGUGUGUCUUCACUUACUGGCCAUUUACCGUCAGAUAUGGUGGACCAAAAUAUCUUGAAUUUCCUCCCGGAGCGGGAACACGGGGAGGUGUAUAAGCUGCUAUCAUCCCACAUGCUGAUGACUGACCCCAUUGCUGCUGACUUCCUUGACAGUGAGGCACAUAUUGAAUUUUGCUGUCAUCUAGCCAGAGGUAACAUCGACCCAAAAGAGCCGCCCGUGUACGAGUAUGUCAAGUUUGUUGGAGAUUUCAAGUUUCAUAACAAUGUGCCUACAUCUUCUUGUAACGGGCUUGAAUUGACGUUACCAAGAAGCCUGCAGUCAACGCUGGAGGAGCAGGUCUGCCUCAUUGCUACUGUACGAUUAGUCACUCCACAGUUUCUCAAGGAUUUGUGUAACGUGGAAGACCCUUGUGAUGAAUUCACUUCUAGACACAGCCUUGAAUGGAAGUUCCUGUUUCUAGAUCACAGAGCUUCACCAAUCAUAGGAUAUUUACCCUUUGAGGUUCUUGGAACUUCUGGCUAUGAUUACUAUCAUGUGGACGACUUGGAGCUCAUAGCUCAGUGUCACAAGCAGCUAAUGCAGUUUGGAAAGGGUAAAUCCUGUUACUAUCGCUUCCUGACUAAAGGUCAGCAGUGGAUUUGGUUGCAGACUCACUACUACAUCACGUACCACCAGUGGAACUCCAAACCCGAGUUCAUCGUCUGUACUCACAAUGUUGUCAGUUAUGCAGAAGUGCGAGCUGAAAGGAGGAGAGCGUUUGGCCUUGAAGAGCUGUCUCCACCUGAGAUAGCUCCCUCCUCUGUGAAGGCCCAGGAGCUGUACUUGGACAUCUGCUCCACACUGGACCCAACACGGGACAGAAACAGUGGUGCACGUUCGGUAUCCUCCCACAGCUCCCGGAAAUCCUCCCACACAGCGCUGUCAGACUCUGCAUCAGCUAACUCCUACACAGAGGCCUGCACACCGUCAUGGCAGUCUGCUUCCAUCGGGACAGAGAAGACAUCUGCCAGACUCCAGCCUAGUAGUUCAAAGAAUUUGGCACAAAGACAAAAUUCCUUUGACCUCGUUCCCCAAAUGAGCCUCCCCCUUUCUCCUACCCGCAGCAAGCACUCCGCAAUGCAACAGCAAACACAGCAGCAGCAGCAGCAGCAGCAGCAGCAGCAGUCGUCCAUGUAUCAGCUGCAGCAGCCUCAGCUCGGUGUAAUGAACCAGCUGAAGGAGCAGCUGGAGGAGAGGACGCGCAUUCUGCAGGCUGACAUUAAGACACAGCAGCAGGAGCUGCAUGACAUUAAGGAGAAGCUUCACCUGGCUAACCUCCAGAUGUUGUUACAGCAGCCUAUCCACAAUGAGUUUGGCCAGGCUCAGCAGCAGCCUCAGCAGCAGGGCCCGGGCAGGCCGGCCCAGCAGAACCAGUCAGGGGUGAUCAGGCAGCUCUCAGGCCACCCUAAACCACCAGCCUGUGGGGCCCACAGUUCGUCCCCUCACUCACUCCUGAGAGAGAACAGCUCACCCUCGACACAGGUCCAGCAGAGGAUUGCACGAGGCGGGCAGGUGCAGUCGGUGAGUUUGCCCGUGCAAACAAACACGAGUCUGACGAUGCCGUUCUACAGCAACCCCAUGAUGUUCUCUCAGACCAACACGAGGCCUCAGCAGGACGCAAACCAAAGACACACGGACAACGAGUUCAGCCAAGAUGGACAACUACGCAUGCUUCUCAACCAGCCAAUGCAGUCACUGGUUCCCACUAGCAGUGUCACCACGCAGCCUUCCCAGUGCAACAUGGGCAUCUCCCAAACAAUAUACACCUUGGAGCAGCAGAUCAUUGCCCCCUCAUUCUCCAUGCAACAGGUCAACUGCAACGCUGUCCUUGUGCCCUCUCCGGUCUUUACGUCCCCCAUUAUGUUCCCACACAACAGUUUCAUCACACACCAGUCCCAGUCAGCCUACCACACUCAGCCUCAGGCUUCUCAGCACUCCCUGCAGCUACAGCAGCCCCAGCAGUUCUUUCAGAUGACUCAAGGACUUGUACAUGGUGGGUCUACUCCAGCAUUCUUACACACCGCUAAUGUCCCACAGCAGAGCACUGUGGGAUACAUCCAGCAGCAGCCGCAAACACAGCAACUACCCCAAGCACAACAACAGCAGCAGCAGCAGCAGCAGCAGCAAAGGCAAUACCAACAUUCCCAAAACCAGACUGGCAGUGUCUCAGAUUUCCGAAAUAUGCUGACUCGGUAGCGCUGAGAUUUCUCUCCAUGUUUGUCGCCGUGGAGGUGGCGGCACGUAAGUCAAACCUGACGUCAAGUCCUGCAGCGGAAAAUGCUCGAAAGCGGAAAAUCACUCGCGUAGUGACCUUACCUUUGAUGUGAAGCUGCCCGUUCAGAAGAAGCUGGUCCAUACGGCGCUGGAGUGAAAACCACCGCGCUGACCUGACGUCACCCACAGGGUCUGAGGAGAGUCUGAGGUGCCGGGGCCCUUCAUCACCGGCCCACGUCACACUUAGUCGUCAAUCAACGACUCUGCUGGAACAAGUGGAUUAUCAGAGCUCUCAAGAAGACACCACUUUCACAUGUUUACAUGUGGACGUUUUUCAUCUAACACAGAGAGUUUCCUUCUAAGUGUCUGUUUGCACUUUGGUACCACCCUCCUACCCCAUAAAAGUAGAAUAUUUAUUUGUGCCCAUGAAUUAAUAUUCUAUUUUUCCUCACUAAUAAUGUGUGAGAUUAGUUUUCAGACCUAUAGCUCGACACCUCGCCCCAGUUACAUAAUAUCAUCUCCCCUGGUCAAAUAUUUAGCUCCAAUGAAAAUGCUUCAUCUCAUAAAGGGGAUGUGUGAACAUUGGACAUCUACAUCAAUGUGUAUUUCAGUUGGCAGAAAUUAUAAAUUAAACAAUUAUUUACUCGCAGGUAUGUUCAUGGCAAAGCGCUUGAGAAGGGGCUUUAUGCAUGCAGUGGUGAGAUGACUAUCAUAUCUAAAAUCAGGUUUGGUAAGAAUUCAGAUGUAACAUGCAACACUGUGGAAGCCGGGGCGAAUGUUCUCCAAUUACCAGAAAGGUCUAUCUAGAUUUUUAAAGCCUCAAUCUGGGACUGAAGAAGGGGUGCUACAACUAUCACACCACUGCUCACUGAGAGUGACGAACAAAGCUCUGAAGUCCUGAUUUUAGGCGCUUCUGAUGAGCUCUGCAGCACGAGUCUUUAGGUGAUACACAAGCUACCAGAGGGGGGAAAAAAAAAAUGUGCCUUCGACCAUGGUCCGUCCAUGGUGCGGUUUGAUGGUUUUGUCUGAUUAUGGCUUUAAAAAUCCAGCUCAGGUCCAUUUGGAAUACAAAGUUAUAUUUUCAUAGGUCAUAAUUUAUUAUUUUCCACAUCAGAUUGAAACUAAAGACAUCUAGAUUUGUAUUGGAUAUAUUACAAAUAUAUAUUGGAUGCGUUUUGCAGCCUUUACAUCAGUAAGUCCAAACUCUUUUUGAACUCUUUCUGUAAUGAUAGGAUCUAUUAAGAUUCAUUUAACUAUUUACUGAAACCCUAAUGAAAUCAUUUCAUGUUUAUUUAUUACAUAUAUAUAUUUGAAACAAUAUAUGGGAUAUGAAACUAGUUUUAUACUCAAAAGUUAUAAUUGAUUUUAUGUGUUCGUUUAGACAUUAAAAGGUCAACACUGGUCUUAACGUCUUACCCCAUCAUGGUUUCGUGAAAAACGUUUUUACAAGAAGAGUGCACCACCUCUGAUCUGUAUGUGGCUAAUUGCAGUUUUCCAUACCACAGUACAACACAAAGCUGCGGGAGUGUAAUCAUGGUGAUUUGAAUAUCUCAGAAACAGAGGGAAAUGAUUUGGAGGGGAUUCUGCCCCGCUGUGUGGAGAUUUCCGAAUGGUGUUACCCAGUUUAUUCGAGUCUGGUCGUUUGGUUGCUUUAUUUGAACAUCUGAGAACGAGCAGCUGGGCUCAUUUACAAGAAUAUAAAACACCACUUCCUCUUAUUAAUGUGAUCUCACUGGGAAGAAAAAAAAUCAAAGCAGAUUUUUCAUUUUACCUUGAAAACAUAGAAACCCACAAUGUGCUAUUUUGUGAUAUACCAUACCAUACCAAUACAGUUGCCAUGAUAACAAAAAAACACUAAAUUUGUUCUUAAGUAUCAGACAUUUGUUUAUUCCUGUAUCUGAGAAGUUAUUUGCAGAGUCAGUCCUGUCAGUAUUUCAAGAUGUUACAGUCAUGUUCUUUUCAUACUGUGCUGGUUUUUAACUUUGUGUGUGUGGCGCAAUCUUUUGAGUCCAUCAUAUUUUUUGAGAGACACCGUUUUGUGUUAGUUUUGCUGAAGGAAAUCUUGCUUCGAAAUGUCCAACUGCUGAUCGGCUCUCGUAACCACACUCCUAUCUCAGUCAGGCAGUUUGAAUAUAAAGGCAAGAUAUGAGAAGUGAGAUGACAGUUGAGAGCUGGAGUGUAUUGGCGAAGCCAGAUUGGCAGUUGAACGGUGUCUGGGAAGAAAACGUACAUCUCUCUUUUGGUAAUGACAAUCACACACUACUUGUAACGAUAUGCUGUGCAGGAACUGUCUGUGCCAGAGUCUGGCUUGAUGAAUCUAAAUUCAACAAUCUUCUAUCUUCAAAUUUGCUUCUGCGUUCCCAGAAAGUUCAGCAGGAAAAACAGUUUUCUGAUGACUGUGCAAGCAUUUCCUGUUAUUCUCACUGUGGGACUUGUGCUACACUUUAUUCAAAUCAACCCGUAAUGCUCAGUCUGGUCUCAGCCGCCUCAGCUGUACGCAUUCAAGCCAACCACGUUGCAGUCCCCAUCCAAGACUGGUGCUGUUCAUAUUGGACAACAAGACUCAACUGUCAGAACACUUUCAGCAUGUAUGUUCAGUGCCGUUUUACACUUUCCUAUGUGCAAUGUCAAUUUGAAAAAGAAGAAUGUUAAUUUAUACUGUUUUAAAUGUUUGAGAACAGAUGUACAAUGUAUAUAGAGGUGUAUAAUAAGCCAUUGUACCAUGUAAAUUAUAUGGAAGUAUUUUUUUAAUGAAAACAUCCUAACAUUCCUUCAGACGCUGAUAUAAGCAGUAUCUUUUUUUUUUUUUUUUUUAAAGGUACAGCGUGUGUCCACUGAAGAUUAUGAUCACAAUGAUUACAGAGGACUUUGCAUGGGAAUGUGCUGCAGAGUGUUAGCUCCUCCCAAACGUGAGUCGACACACAAUAACACUCUGGAGUAAAGGGUCACAAGUUCACUAUGAUAAUGAGAAAAACAAAACAAAAAAAAAAAAAAGAUGAAAUGAAGAAUCUGAAUCCUUAUGUCGUUGUCAAGCAGAAU